AUGCCUGACAAUGCGGCAUCCAGCACUCCAGCUGUCGCUGAACAACACCGCUAUGUCCAAUAUGAAAGCGACAAGGAGAACGAAUAUGUCACUGCAAUGCGCCAGCUGAUCUCCAAAGACCUUUCCGAGCCGUACAGCAUCUAUGUCUACAGAUACUUUCUCUAUCAAUGGGGUGACCUGUGCUACAUGUCAAUGGAUGAAAAAAACAACCUGAUCGGGGUUAUCGUGUCAAAGCUCGAACCGCAUCGCGGCGGGCCGCUACGUGGUUAUAUUGCCAUGUUAGCUGUGAAGGAAGAACACAGAGGCAAAGGCAUUGCGACGAAGCUUGUGUGUAUGGCUAUUGAUGCAAUGACCGCUAGAAAUGCAGACGAGAUCGUCCUCGAAACCGAAACUACCAAUACGGCAGCUAUGAAACUGUACGAACGUCUGGGCUUCCUACGCAGCAAGCAGCUGCAUCGCUACUAUCUCAAUGGCAACUCCGCAUUCCGGCUUGUGCUAUAUCUGAAGGAGGGUGUGGGGUCCAUUCCGACCACCCUCGACCCGUACGGAUAUAACUCUCAGGAGUUGCCACGGCAUGAGAACGGGGAGCAUUCGGGGCACCAUACAUAUUGA